AUUAUCCUCAAUCAUCAUGGCCGAGUUUCAAGCGGUGAUCCUUGCCGGCGGCAGCGGCGUCCGACUGUACCCGCUCACGGAAGAGACCCCGAAACCACUUCUCCUCUUGAACGAUCGCCCUCUCCUGUACUACCAGCUGGCGCUGUUGGAGAAAUCUGGGUUCUCGGACGUGCUCGUGAUCACAACCACCGAGAUGAAGGACCAAAUUUGCGACUACAAGCUUCGUCAAUACGACGGCAAGAUCGGAAUCGACGUGGUGGCCGUUGAAGGGGACGUUGGUGAGACUGCGGAUGCCUUGCGCGCUGUGUCCGACCGUAUUCGGUCGGACUUUAUCGUUAUCGCCGGGGACCUUGUUACAGAUUGCGUACUCCAGCACGUGGCCGACUUGCAUCGCAUCAACGACGCCAGUGUCACGAUGCUUCUCAAGCAGGAAGUGAUUGGAGAGCCCGUGAAAGGCUCCAAGUCCAAGGAUAAACCACGCCGCGACCGUGAAAUGAUCGACUGCAUCGGGCUCGUCGACUCGGACUCGCGCGUGGUGCACAUCGCGCACUCGAUCUUUGCGAACGACGACAUGGAAGGAAGCGAAGACGUGGAAAUGCCGUUGGCUCUAUUGAAACGUCGGCCGCGCAUCAACAUGCGCACGGACCUGUACGACGCUCACGUGUACAUCUUUCCCCACUGGGUCCUGGACCUGCUCCACGAAAAGAAACACAUUGCCAGCAUCAAGGCCGACCUCAUUCCGCAUUUGGUGCGCCGGCAAUUCCGCGGCGCCCAAGCACUGGCCGAGUCGGUGCGGGGAAAGCUGCAGUGUCCGCAACACGUGGCCAACCGCCUGAGCGUGUCCUGCGGCAGCAAAGACGACGAUGACGUGAUGAAAGUGUUUGCGUACAUUUUGCCCUCCAAUGCGUACUGUGAACGAGCAGACACGAAAGAAGCGUACAACGCCAUGACCAAAGAAAUCAAGUCCAAAUGGAGACUCCAAUAGGGAGAGAUACGAUAUUUCAUCGAAUUUAGCGUGAAUUGGUAGGUAUAUCACGAAAAAAAGAACCAAAUUUGACUCACA